CCAUUCGGGGUUUGGUUGUAGCCUUUAGUGAUCCGCCGGGUAUGUUUGAAUCGAAAAUGAAAAGAACUGUCUUGUUCGUAUUCUGAUGACUUGAAUUGUUUCGCUCCGAGUUGAUAACAAUUGAAACGCGUCUGCCUGGCAACCGCAGCUUCUGCGGUUUUGACGGUGAUCGAUCAGAUAGUUACAGCAUUUAACUUUGUGCCAGUUUUAAACUGUCUUUGCGUUGGAUUGCGUCUUUCAGACAUGGACGUGUCGACUUAUUUAUGGUUUUUGUCUGUUUGCACGUGUCUGGUGCACGGGAAACCCACUCUCAGGAAAGAAAGAGUUCACCACGAGCCUGAACUGAGCAGACAACCUCACGAAGAUAACCAGAGCUAUCAGUACGACCACGAGGCCUUUCUGGGCAAAGAGGAGGCCACCACAUUUGAUCAGCUCACCCCAGAGGAAAGCAAAGCCAGAUUAGGGAAAAUAGUUGAUCGUAUUGACAGUGAUGUUGAUGGAUAUAUCACCACCGAUGAACUCAAGGCCUGGAUCAAGAGAGUCCAGAAGCGUUACGUCUAUGAGAACGUCGCAAAGGUCUGGACUGACUAUGACCUGAACAAAGACAACAAGAUCUCAUGGGAUGAAUAUAAGCAAGCAACUUAUGGUUACUACCUCGCCAAUCCAGAGGAGUUCGAAGACGCAACAGACCAGUUCAGCUUUAAGAAGAUGCUUCCGCGAGAUGAACGCAGGUUUAAGGCUGCAGAUCUCAAUGGUGAUUUAGCCGCAGAACGAGAGGAGUUCACUGCUUUCCUCCACCCGGAGGAGUUUGAUCACAUGCAGGAAAUUGUGGUUCUUGAAACUCUGGAGGACAUUGACAAAAAUGGAGAUGGACAUGUAGAUGAGGACGAAUACAUUGCGGACAUGUUUGCUCAUGAAGAUGGCGGUCCAGAGCCAGAUUGGGUGAGAACUGAGAGAGACCAGUUUUCAGAUUUCAGAGAUCUGAACAAAGACGGGAAGAUGGACCUAGAAGAGAUUCGUCACUGGAUCCUGCCGCAGGACUAUGACCAUGCGCAGGCAGAAGCCCGGCAUCUGGUGUACGAGUCGGACACUGACAAGGACCAGAUGCUGACCAAAGAAGAGAUUCUUGAGAACUGGAACAUGUUUGUAGGCAGCCAGGCCACCAACUACGGCGAAGAUCUCACCAGGAACCAUGAUGAGCUAUGAGCCCGAGCGAAGGGUGUGGAACUCUACCUGAGGAACUCCAUGGCUUCCUUUCCCUGAGAAGCCGUGCCACUGACUGAUCUACUGCAGCUCUACCUCACAGACACUGGACAUAGAGGAAUCACUGACUGACGGCCAUACUCUUGAAUAUAAACUCCUUUACUCUAUGUUCUUUUUGUGAGUGCUCAAGAAACUCUUCUGGUCCUGGUUGAAUGAGCUGCUACAGAUUUCUUCAGCUGAAGCUGAGCCUUUUAACUCAAACUUUUAACUCAAAGAGCAGUUAUAGGACAAAGCCUGUACUUGUACAAGUUGUGCCUGUUUUUGUCCGGUGUCAGUAUUGAUUCUGUGUAGCCCCGCCCCUUUUCAGUGUUGCGUUUGUUGUGUUCUGUCUUCUGGUUUGUAUUUCCACAGCAUUAAGGUAAGAUCUUAUGGAUUUAUGAAUGAAACACUCGUUUUAAAAUCCUCCCGGUCUAAUGACAUUUUCUAUGACAUCCGCUUCAAACAUUACAGUACUCAUUAUAACUCUACAAUAAGUAAAUCCACUUCAUCAGCUAGCUACUCUUCGACAGCGAUGCCAUAGACUCAUACAGAGCUACCGCAAAAAUGGAAGUUCAAACACAAAAAAGAUGGCUGCGCGCUUCUCUCUGGUGCAUAAGGUCUAUAUUAGAACAAACAUUCUAUUUAAUUAGAAUUUGAACUUCAUGCUUUGAUAUUAUUAUGCUUUUACUACAGAAAGCACUACAAGUCAGUGUUGAUAUAUGGUUAUACAUAAAUGUGCAUUAUACUUUAGAUUAUCACAAAUUUCCCAUUGCUGGCCAAUAAUGAGUCUUAUUUGUUUUGAACCUGAGAAGUUUUGGCAUGAUAAUCUGAAGCGAUAUUUCAGACCAACUUUUGAAGCUGCUUAGAUGAAGGUCUAAAUGUGUUUGAUAAUUUGAUAACCCAUUUCAGUCAUUUCUCUCUGAAUUCUACCAGUUACUCAAUAAGAACUCAAUUGACUACAAAAUUAGUCCUAUAGACCUUAAUCAGGGUAGUGCCAUAUUUAAUUGUUGACAGGAAUGAAAUGAGGCUGUGAGGGAGAGAAUACAGUGUGUUCAGUAGUUUGUACUGUUAUUUAUUUAAAAACAUACUGAGACACCUUUCUGGGAAAAAGAAAAAAACUCCCAGAAGACAAACUCCAGAAACUGUUUUAAAAGUUGUGAAAAUACAGUAUGUGAUCUUUGGACGUUUAUACAGUGCUUGCCAUCCAUCCCUCACAGCCUCGGUUUCAUCAGCGUUAAAUUCAAUAUGGCGUCUAACCUGACUAAAGUCUGGUAGUCUUCAUUUUUAUGCAGAAUAAUAGUAGAUAAUUUAUCACCAAGACCUUCUUUUUUUUGGCUUGGCUACAGAGGCUUGCAUGAAUAUGUUUAUUUUGUGAAAUGUUUUUAUUUUAAUUUAAUUCACAACUUUAAAUGGCACCAUGUUGUUAAAAACCUGCUGGAGGAAGAGCAAACGAGCCGAAAUGUCAGCUGUCUGCCAGCAAAGCGAACAAACACUCAUUUGAGACAUUUUUUUUUUCUCAGUGAUACUUUGCGAAAAAAGUUAAAAUAAAACUUUUCAUAAAACUUGAAA